GUGGUGGCGGCGGCCGCCGUGCGUCGUUCGUGCUCCUCGUCCAGUACGUCGACACGGUCCGUGCGAUUCGUUCAUGGGCGCACGCGAGUCUCUGGCGUUCCGUCUUUCUCUCUUUCUCUCUCUUCCUCGCUCGAGCGGCCGCAUCAAUUGUGACGGAGCAUCCCGCGUAGAAUGACCGAUUCCAAAAUCGAGAUGCAUUACACGCCGCCGACGUCGGACACCAUCCAGACGAAGCCGUUCCCGAUACGAGGUGAACGUGCGAAUUUCGUGAACAAGCCUCACGUGAUCGCGAUGGUGGGUUUGCCGGCACGUGGCAAGACGUACAUAUCCAAGAAACUGUGCCGAUACCUCAACUGGAUUGGCAUCAACACGAAAGUCUUCAACCUGGGCGAAUACAGGCGGCACGCUACUUCGGCCUAUCGGUGCCACGAUUUUUUCCGUCCCGAUAAUAUAAAAGCCAUGGCGAUACGGACACAGUGUGCUAAAGACGCUUUGAACGAUGUCUGCCAGUGGCUGGAAAACGGCGACGGCGAGGUGGCUGUCUUCGACGCUACCAAUUCAACUGUCGAAAGACGUCAGCUUAUACGCGAUAUCGUUGUCAACAAGAUGGGCUUCAAGCUUUUCUUCGUCGAGUCGGUAUGCAACGAUCCGGAGAUAGUCGAGCAGAACAUUAUGGAAGUGAAGGUCAGCAGUCCGGAUUACCAGAACAUGAAGAAGGAGGACGUCCUCGCGGAUUUUAUGCUGCGAAUCGAGCAUUACCAGGAGCGGUAUCAGGCGUUGGACGAGGAACUCGAGACCGACUUGUCGUUCAUGAAAAUAUACAACACCGGCGAGAAGGUGCUGGUCCAUAAGCACGAAGGCCAUAUACAAAGUAGAAUAGUUUACUAUCUUAUGAACAUUCAUAUUGUGCCACGCACCAUUUACUUGACCAGGCACGGUGAGAGCCUGAUGAACCUCGAGGGCAGGAUAGGCGGCGAUUCGGACUUGACCGAGCGGGGACACGAAUACGGCAAGUCAUUGGCAGAGUACAUCGCCGGUCAGAACAUACAGGGUUUAAGAGUCUGGACUAGUUGGCUGAAGAGGACCAUUCAGACCGCGGCUGACGUAGAGGCACCGCAAGAAAGGUGGAAGGCUCUCAACGAGAUUGACGCUGGUAUUUGCGAGGAAAUGACUUACGAAGAAAUCGCUGAGAAGUAUCCAACCGAUUUUGCCGCCAGAGAUCAAAACAAGUUCUCAUAUCGAUAUCCGAGGGGGGAAAGUUAUGAGGAUCUUGUCGCGCGGUUGGAGCCUGUGAUAAUGGAACUGGAACGUCAGGGUAAUGUUUUGGUCGUAAGUCAUCAAGCCGUUCUACGCUGUUUGCUCGCUUAUUUCCUGGACAAAAACGCAGACGAGUUGCCAUAUUUGGAGGUGCCUUUGCACACCAUCAUGAAAUUAACACCGGUCGCUUAUGGUUGUAAGGUGGAGAACAUUCGACUACCGAUUGAAGCUGUGGACACUCAUCGGCCGAAACCAAAGAUCCCAGGAUAUCUAGAGGAACGAUUCAGAGGAAAGGAGAAUAUACUACGCACGUGAUAACGACAAGCUUUUGUGUAAGCAUGGCGCAGCAAUUUCCUACCUAUGUUGAUAUACUGGGAUACGCUGAAGAUAGAUUCCGGCAGCUGGCUGCCACCUAUCAAAAAUCAGCACGCACAUCCGAAAUCCUUUCUUCCUAUGUGUGUCAGACGACCUAGAGACGAGACGCAUCUAAUCACCGCAACUGACAAUUGUACCCUUCUAUAAGAAACAGACACAGAUGGAAGAUUCUGUGUGACGAUGCAAGGUUCUGCGGAACAAGGAGAGAGAUAAAGAGAGUACACGUGUAUUUUGUGAUUUUUAUAUUUUUUGAUUGACGCGUGUCUGUAGGUAAGUAGCAAGAAGUUAUGUGAUAUCGAGGAGAUCGUCGAUGAAGAAGCUUGAAGAAGUAAUUGUACGCCUGUAGACGUGCAUCUCUCUUAAGUGAUAUUAGUUCGGAUAUUGAAUUUUUUCUGAACUGUUAUUAUUAGGCGUAAGCCAACUUUGAUCUUGCUUUGAAGUAUUUGCCUCUUGCUGGGGAAGCAAGUAUCCAAUUGUGACAAUAUAAACACACACGAAACAUAUAAUUCCAAGUAUACAUAUAGUUUAUCUUAUUCUCGCGCCAGGUAAAUACUUCAAAGCACUUGUUCAUGAAUUUGAAGCUGAAAACAAAUAUGCUUUUAUACACGUAUAUAUAUAUUACUGUUUGAAUUAUUUCUUUGGAAUUGUUUUCGGAUCAGUCGAAUAAUGCAUAGAGCGAUUCGAGCUAAAUAUCGUAAAACUCUGUGACGUUGAUAAUAAUACUCGACUAUGUAACAAGAAAAAAAACCAUCAAGAUAUAGUACAAUACGUUAUAGAUUGUGCGAUAAUACAUCCAAAUAAGCUGUACCGAACAUGUACAAUUCUCAGUCUGUUUUAUCUAAUAUUAUAUCUAUAUAUACGUCGCAAUCUCUCGUAUAUUAAAUAGCUAUCAAUUUCGAUUAACGCCGAUACGUAUGUAUCUCUCGAUCGAUGAAAAACGCAUAAUAAAUAAUAAAAUUUUAUCAAUCCA